AGGUCCUUAUUGAAGUUUCCUCAAAGUGAACCGUGAAGGAGAUUGGCAAAGCUCGUUGAUUAGUCAGGGGCUGCCCUGUAGGAAUUGUAAAUUGGGGAAUAUUAGUCCAAGUCGUCCCAAGUCAACUUUACAAUUAGCUGGCAGCUCAAGCUACUUGGCUUUGUUUCCACGUGCCUUGUUCUCCUUCUUUUCCUCUUAGCUUCUGUCUCACCGCGCCAAAGUCUUGGUCUUCCGUGGGGCCAAGGCGAGAGGUUCUCGUUAGUGCAUCGGGUCAAGUCCUCCAUUCCAAAACCAGCAUUAUUAUUUAUCUCUCUGCAUCCUCUUCCUUUAUAUAUACCCUCCUCCUUGUUUUGCUUCAACUCCAGCUCCCUUCAAAUGGAUCUUACCAUGUCAUGUUCCUCUCUCUCCUUGCUCUUCUUCCUCAUCUCCCUCCAAAUUCACUUCCUGGCGCCAGCUGCCAGCGCGUUCCCACUGUUCCAAGAGUGCGCUCCUUCUAAUUGCGGAGGUCAAGAAGUCAGCUAUCCUUUCAGGCUUGAUAAGCAACCGACAUACUGUGGGCAUCCAGGCUACGAGCUUGACUGCGACGGAGAUAGCCUGACACUGUCCAUCGAGUCCCUGGAAUAUCGAGUGAUCCACAUGAAUACCAGCACACAGAUCCUCGUGGUGGUGAGGAUGAAUUUAUCAGAAGAUAUAUGUCUUGAAACAUAUAAUGAAACCACUUUAGACUUGAAUCUCUUCAACUACACUUCCAACGACCUCAAUUCCACCUUAUUCUACAAUUGCGACUCACGGCCAAACCUCACAUUGCCGACCUCUCCACCUUAUCGGUUCUCUUGUCCCAAUUCUAAAGAUGGCUACUUUGUUCCCGGGGACAACCUUCCAAAGCCACUGCUCAGCACUUGCAGUUCCAUUGUUCAUGUCCCGAUUUCAAAAAGUGAACCUUUAGGUUUUCCACCACCUUCAAUGGACGGCAACAAUAAUCCUACUAUUAGUGAGAUCCUCAACGAACGCUUUGAGAUCACCUGGAUUCUCAACACUUCGCAGUGCGAAAGUUGCAAUAAAUCCGGGGGAAGAUGCGGGUAUGGCUGGGCAGGGCAAGAAUUCUGUUGUUUUUGCCCUGAGGGAGUCAAUUCAACGACUUGCGGCCGACCGGGAAAACAAAGGGUUGGAGUGAAAAUUGGAAUAGGAAUGGCUGCAUCGGGAGUUGGAAUUGGGAUCACCCUUAUUAUAAUGCUUUCCUUUAGGAAGAAACGAGUGAUCAGAAUUAUUAUGGCUUUGAUAAAGCAUAGGAGUGAGCAAUUCGAUGGCGAAAUGAAGAUUGAGGGACUUGUCUCUUCAAGAAGAUAUACCUACAAAGACAUCAAGAGGAUGACCAACUCUUUCAAAGAAAAGUUAGGUGAGGGAGGCUAUGGCUGCGUGUAUAAAGGCAAGCUUCGAGAUGAUCAAUUUGUGGCAGUAAAGCUUCUAAAGAAGCUGAAAGGCAAUGCUGAAGAAUUUUUCAAUGAAGUUGCGAGCAUAAGUAGGACUUCUCAUAUCAAUGUUGUUAACCUCUUGGGGUUUUGUUUUGAAGGAAGAAAAAGAGCUUUGGUUUAUGAGUUCAUGCCCAAUGGAUCACUCGAAAAAUUCAUAUUUAACAGGAGUAACACUUUGGAGGUAGAUCAGCAAUUGAGUUGGGACACAAUGUACCAGAUUUCGCUCGGCAUAGCUCAUGGGCUAGAGUACUUGCAUAGAGGAUGUAAUACAAGGAUCCUGCACUUCGACAUAAAACCUCACAACAUUCUUCUUGAUGCAAACUAUCAUCCCAAGAUUUCCGACUUUGGUCUUGCCAAAAUAUGCCCAAGAGAAGAGAGCAUCGUGUCAUUGCUUGGUGCCCGAGGCACCGUCGGAUACAUUGCUCCCGAGCUAAUCAUAAGGAACAUCGGAGGGGUUUCUCACAAAUCAGAUGUCUAUAGUUAUGGCAUGAUGGUUCUAGAGAUGAUCAGCAAGAGGAAAAACAUUGAAGUCACAGUAGCUCAUACGAGUGAAAUAUACUUUCCUUAUUGGGUCCACUGACGCUUGGAGCUCCGAGAAGAGCUUGGCCUGCAUGGGAUCACAAAUGAGGAGGAUGAAGGAAUUGCAAAGAAGAUGAUUGUAAUAGGCUUAUGGUGCAUUCAGAUCGAUCCGAGAGCUCGACCAUCAAUGACCGGAGUUGUGGAGAUGCUAAAAGGUAGUGUUGAUACCUUACAAAUUCCUCCCAGACCAUCCUUGUCAUCACUCUCUAGAUCACCCGAGGCUUGUCAAUGUAUGCCAGAGAGAAAUGAUUCGACUUGGCACGAUUCAAUAUCAAUUACAUCAGACUAACAUAGUUUGUAAUAGAGUAUUUACAGGGGUCAACAUAUCUACUGCUUUUGACCUGGACCCUUCA